AUUUGGCAUAUAAAUAAUAUUCUUACUCAGGUCUUCUAAGAUCAUCAAAAGAUGAUAAAAUCAGAUUAAGCUGAAUCAUGCCUUGCCAAUAGGUCUAAUUGCAGCCAAGCACAAGUCUAUAAAAAAGAUCUAAAAUCUCAACAAUCAAAUAUUUAAAAUGAGAUAGUUUAAAAAUCUUAAGCCUGCAUAAUUUACCCUGUUUCUGUGAUGUAAUUUUGCAUAGUGCAACAUUAAAAUUGAUAAAAUUAAAAAGUAAAUAUCAAUUUAUUUGACAGUCCAAAAAUAGUGAUCUGUGGCCCAAAAUGUAAACAUAACCUCAUUUCUUGUCUGUCUUGUGUUUUUACUUUUUAUCAAAAUUUAAAUUUUAUCACUAAUAUGUCGCCGGUGCAUUUACUACAAUUCUUCAUAUUUAGCGUGUGCAUACAUUUGUUUUCAAUAUUCACUUACCUUGUGUAUUAUUACGAUUUGCUUACAACUUCUAAUGAUAUGUUGGAAGAGUAUGAUUUUAUUAUAGUAGGCUCAGGCACAGCAGGGUCUCUCAUAGCAGAUAGACUGUCAAAGGAAACCAACUACACCUUCAUAGUACUGGAAGCAGGGGGCAGAGGACAUCCUUUCCAUGAUAUACCAGCUUUCGGGCCUCUACUGCAUGGAUCUGUGUUUGAUUGGCAGUAUGAAACUGCGCCACAGGAAAAUGCAUGCCAUGCCAUGGAAGAUUCUAAAUGCAAACUAACCCAAGGCAAAAUGCUUGGAGGAUCAUCAAAACUGAACAAUAUGAUUCACAUCCGAGGAAACACAUCACACUAUGCCAAUUGGUUCCACGGUAAAUACACCAAAGAGUACAUAGAAGAACAAUUUAAUUAUGUAGAAUCUAACAUUUUUCCGCUACACAAUUUACAAUAUCAUAGUCAAUUAAGUGACAUUCUCUUAGAUGCUGCAAAAGAAUUAGGUUUUAAAGAAUUAAAUAAUCAAAACAAUCUUGGUUUUAUAAAGGCUGUAUUAACACAAAAUAAAGGUAAAAGAUGGACAGCAUCUGAUAAUUUCGAUACAUCAAAACAUGUCUUAACUAAUGUGCUAGUUGAAAAAUUAAUAAUUAAAGACAAAAAGUGUAUAGGUGUUCAAAUAAGUAAUCCAAAAAAAGUAAAAUUACUUGCAAGUAAAGGUGUAAUAGUAAGUGCAGGAACUUUUAAUUCAGCAAAACUUUUACAAUUAUCUGGCAUAGGUCCUGCAGAAUUGUUGAAAUCUCUUAACAUAUCUGUGGUUAAAGAAUUGUCAGUUGGGAAAAAUCUGCAAGACCAUGUUGGUACUGGUUUAGAUUUAGUUCUAUUUGAUAAACCACAGUCUGUAGAGAUGUUUGAUUUAAUGAAUUUGUUUAAUGUCUAUGAAUACUUCGUUAACGGUACUGGACCUUUGACUACACCUGGCUGUGAAGUUGUAGGUUUUAUUUCUACAGAUAAUAACACAAUACCAGAUGUGCAAUUCAUGAUGUUGCCAGUUGGAAUAACUGCCGAUAGAGGUAGCAAGUUAAGAAAAACUUUAGGUAUAACUGAUACUGUAUGGGAUAACUACUUUUCAAAACUAUUUGAUAAGCAUACAGCAACGUUUUUUGCAUUAAUACUACACCCUAAAAGUAGAGGUGAAGUUAAAAUUAAUAGUAAAGAUCCAAUUGUAGCACCUAUUAUUGAUCCUAAAUAUUUAUCACAUCCAGAAGAUGUAAAAACUAUAGUUAAUAGUAUUAAAACUGUAAUAAAUUUAGUCGAAACAGAUGCUAUGAAAGCAAUUGGGGCUCAGUUAAAUAAAAUCCAUUUUCCGGGAUGUGAAAAGUUUGAUAUAUUUUCAGAUGUUUAUUUAGAAUGUUAUAUAAAACAUUUAACAUUAUCUAGCUACCAUCCCGUAGGCACAUGUUCUAUGGGAAUCUCUGAAUCUAAUCAGUCCGUAGUUGACACAUCUUUCAAAGUUUUAGGAAUAGACAAUCUCUAUGUUGUCGAUGGUUCGGUGUUGCCAACAUUGCCAAGUGGAAACAUAAACGCGGCAAUAGCUAUGAUGGCUAAUAUAUUUUUUGAAAAUAUGAUCAAAAAAUCUAUUUUUCUACCAAGUAAGACUUUAUUUUGCAGUAAUAGGUUAUUUGAUGAUUUAUUUUUUAAAGUUUGCCCAGUUAGAUGACAUGAAGAAGUAUUUAAAUGUAAAGAAAAUAGAAAAGAAAACCAAAUGUGCCAUAGAAAUAGACAUUUAGUAUUUACUUGAAGGUAGAAAAAAGUUUUUUAAUAUAAAAAAUUAAAAUGGUAUCAUCAUACUGUGAAUGGCUUGCACAGUGUUUAAAACUAGGAUAAGCAUUUAGGUAGAAGCUAAACUGGCAGGAAAUGGCAUGAAAAAUGAGCAUUGUGCUAUUACAAGUGGGGAAGCAGUGCGUUUGUGCCUCUAUGAGUUGCACGUCAAUUCAUACUGUUGUAAUUUUUUUUAAUUAAAUAAAACACCAAAAUCAAUACUUUUAUUAAUUUAUUUAAGGUCACUUCUACAGAUAAAGUUCCAUACAUAAUAAUAUUAUUUUGAGCUCAGUUUCUAAAACAACCAUGACUUAGGUAACACCCAAAUAUUUCAUGUAACAAAACUUCAUGUACAAUCGAGCACAAAAUCGAUAUAAGUAAUUGAUAAUAUAAUCUGUUCAACGUAGAUUUAUUGUAUUGAAUAUUGCAUAUCAUUAAUUUCACAAAACCUUAAUUCACUUUAAUUUCACUUUAUUGCUUUCGCUUUACAAAAUUCCACUAUUUUAAUAAGAUUCGUCAUAUACUUAGACGUCAUAUACAUAAGUAAUACAUCAAUAUUAUGAAUACUGGAGACCACCGUUUUUGGGCAAAACUUUGUAAGUAAUUAACCUUUUUAUGUGAAAAAUAGUUUUUACAGAAAGUGACGCUUUUUACAGAUAUCCAUUUGGAUUGUACAAAAUGCCUACAUCUUUUUUACGAGUUUUCAUAUAUUUUAACCAAAAAUUUAACUAAUAUUGUAAAAGUAAACAAUACAUUAAUACAGAGCAAAUAAUAAUAAUUAUAAUUGACUAGAUUAUGUUGCAAGCUUAAAUAAGUUCUCCUUUAUUAUUAUAAAAUUGUAAUUAUGACAAAAUCUUUGGUUUUAUCAAUAUUAUUUGUCUACAUGAUACAAAUAGCAUAAUUCCAUAUACUUAAUAUGUCAUAUGUUCGUAUUAUAUUUUUUCUAUAUAUAAAAAGGGUUUCAUUAAACCCUUGUAUGACGCCUUUCACAUAUUACAUCAUAUAUAUAAAACAUUAAGACACCUCGGACGGAAGAUUAUCCUAAACUAAGUAUAUCUAAAUCUAAUAACAUUAAAAACGCCACAUACCUACUUUGUGCUAGUACUUAACAGGGCUCUCUCCGUCACUCGUUUCAUACAAUCGUAGCCCCAAUUUCAUUUGAAUAUUAAGCAACCAAAGUCCUUGAAAUUUUGCAGACAUAUUCUAGAA